AUGCGAUCUGGAGACACCUGCGAGUGCGAUAAAGGUUGGACAGGAAUCAACUGCAAUGUUUGUACAGAUGACAGCGCCUGCAAUCCCUUAGUGGAAACCGAACAAGGCGGCGUCUGCUAUCAGAAUGGAGAGGUCGUGCGCCAUAAUCACCAAAUUUGCAAAGUUACCAACAAGAAAAUCACGGACCUCCUUGGUGAACAACGGCCUGAAGUAACUUUUGCUUGCCAGAAGGAUAAACGAACAUGCGACUUCCAGUUCUGGGUCGACGCCGUCGAAUCGUUUUAUUGCAACUUGAGCGAUUGUGAUUCGCGUGCCGAAUUUGGGGAUAUUAAGAACACAACUUCGUACAGUUGCGGUAAGAUAAAAUGCAGCUGCAUCCCGGAGCGCAUGCUGUGUGGCAAGGACGGGUCAAUAGACCUGAGCGACUUUCUCAACCAAGCAAUCCGCGGCCCUGGGGGGUUUCAAUGCACCCAAAAGAACGGCGGUGCCCAUGAUUGCGCCUUUGAAGAGCCAGAGAUGGACAAGCUGAUCCGCAGUCUUAUUGGUGAUUCUAGCAUCCUUCUUGACUGCCAGGCUGGCGAAUGCCUGCACGAGACUCAGGUUCCAGGGUACACAAGGCCAGUCAAACAAAUCAACACACCUCUUAUUUCAGGGGUCAUUGCUAUAUGUGCACUGUUCGUCGUGAUUAUCAUCAUCACGACAUGGAUACUAUCGCGCCGCAAGCUGAGAUAUGGUGCCAUUCGCCUUGAAGAUUCCGAUGACGAAGCAAGCAAACUCAUGGAUGAGCACAAGCCGGCUACGUUAUAUUUUGAACGCAUCUCAUAUCACAUGAAUGGCAAGUUUAUUCUCAGCGCUAUUCAAGGGCUGUGCCACCCCGGCGAGGUUACAGCAAUCAUGGGCGCUUCCGGCGCCGGAAAGACAACCUUCCUGGACAUUCUCGCCCGCAAGAACAAGCGUGGCGUUGUAGAAGGCGACGUUUAUGUGAACGGUGAAAAAGUUGACAGCUCUGAAUACAGAAAAGUUGUUGGAUUUGUCGACCAAGAGGAUACCAUGCUUCCCACGCUCACCGUUCAUGAGACGAUUCUCAACAGUGCCCUCUUGCGACUGCCCCGUGAUAUGAGUCGUGCGGCAAAGGAACAAAGAGUCUUCGAGGUAGAAAAACAACUCGGGAUUCAUCACAUUCGGGAUUCGCUGAUUGGGUCCGAAGAGGGCAAGGGGCGCGGUAUCUCCGGUGGUGAGAAGCGUCGCGUUGGCAUAGCGUGUGAACUGGUCACGAGUCCGUCUAUUCUCUUCCUUGACGAGCCAACCAGCGGUUUAGAUUCUUUCAACGCCUAUAAUGUUAUCGAAUGUCUUGUUACUCUGGCAAAGACUUAUCAACGCACAAUUAUACUUACGAUCCAUCAACCACGGUCCAACAUUGUGGCCUUGUUCGACCGUCUUAUUCUGCUGGCGGGAGGCAAGACAGUAUAUUCAGGGCCGUUUGCUCAAUGCCAGUCGUAUUUCGACUCUAUAGGCUACGAAUGUCCGCAGGGUUUCAACAUAGCCGAUUACUUAGUCGACCUUACUAUGCAUGCCGGCGGAAGAGUUUCCGCCGACAAUGGAACUGUGGCUAUGGAUACGGUUAGUGUCGGUCCUAGCAGUACAAAAGCAGUGAAGUCAACAGCGAGCGUUUCGGGAAACAGUACGGGAGAAGACAGUUUUGCAGAACCGGCAGCAUCACCUAGGCCGAGGGACUUUCGUCGGGACUCAAUCCGCCAACGACAAGAACGCCAGUUAUUCACUCGACGAAAGCAGACUGUUGAUUCUGCAGCCUCCCUCGAUUCCGGCGGGGAUGAGACGGGCAAUUAUAAGCUUCAGCUGAAUCCCACAAACGCGCUGCUUUCGCAAACAAGGGAUGACCCUCAUGAUCUUCCCCCAGCUGCCAUAUCUGGCACCGAUCUUGACGGCAUUACACUGGCGUUUUCCCAAUCUCAAAUAGCCGAAACUACUCGCCAGGAAAUCGACCAGGCAGUGAUAGCUGCGGUUCAAGCGAAUGGGUCGAAUGCCAACAACCACAGCGAAGAUGGGCCUUUCGCUGCUAUUAGUGCUGUUGGCCGAGGGUACGCGCGUGUAGGAUACUUGGGCCAAUUUGCGAUUCUCUCUCAAAGGACAUGGAAAAAUCUUUAUCGCGACCCGAUGCUCAUGCUUACCCAUUAUGCCAUUGCCAUAAUUCUUGCCGUUUUCUCAGGAUACCUCUUCUACGGCUUAACGGAUGAUAUCCCAGGGUUCCAGAAUCGCCUUGGCCUCUUCUUCUUCCUUCUAGCCCUUUUUGGAUUCAGCACUCUUACAAGUUUAAAUGUGUUUUCAACGGAGCGUCUACUCUUUCUGCGUGAGCGAGCAAACGGAUACUACUCUCCCAUCACAUAUUUCGCUGCCAAAGUUCUUUUUGACGUAAUUCCACUAAGAAUUGUCCCACCAAUCCUCAUGGGGUCGAUCAUUUAUCCAAUGACUGGGCUAGUGCCUGAUGCAUCACAUUUCUUUAGGUUUAUGUUGGUUUUGGUCCUCUUCAAUCUGGCUGCUGCUGCCGUCUGCUUGUUUGUUGGCAUCUUAUGCAAGAAUGGAGGUGUUGCAAACUUGAUGGGCAGCUUGAUUAUGCUUUUCAGCCUCCUUUUCGCUGGAUUCUUACUUAACCAUGACGCGACGCCCUCCGGAGCAUUAUGGCUUCAGUCGAUUUCGAUCUUCCACUAUGGGUUUGAAUCACUUAUAGUCAAUGAGGUUGUCGAGCUGACCCUAGUCGACAAGAAAUAUGGACUUGACAUCACCGUGCCUGGUGCCGCGAUUUUGAGUUCAUUCGGAUUCGACAAUAGUGCCUUGUGGCCAGAUAUUCGCAAUUUGGGCAUCUUUGCGAUGACUUUUAUAAUCCUAGCAUAUGUGGCGAUGCAUUUUCUGCUCGUGGAGAAACGAUAG